AUGAGUUCUCUUGCUCAACUAUCUUUUGAUAGAAGAAUUGAAGUAAAUCCUUAUGAUAUUGAUGCUUGGAAUUCACUUCUUAAAGAAAAUCAGACUCAUGAUAUUCGUAAUGUACGGCAAUUUUAUGAAAAAUUAAUUGCUCAAUUUCCUAAUAAUGGAAAUUUUUGGAAAAAAUAUAUUGAACAUGAAGCUAAAUAUAAUAAUGAUGAUGAAGUUCAAAAUCUUUUUUCUAGAUGUUUAUUAGAUGUAUUAGAUAUUGAAUUAUGGAAAUAUUAUAUAUCUUAUGUUAAAGAAACAAAUGUUUCUAGGACAUCUGGUUUAACAACUUAUGAAGAAGCAUUGGUAUUUGCCAUAGAGCAUGUUGGUAAUGAUAUGAAUUCAUUUGACAUUUAUAUGGAAUAUAUUGAUAAUUGUAAAGCUUUAGCUGCAACUAGUGAUGAGAAUAAUUCUGUUAAUACUUCAUCCGCAAUUCGGAAAGCUUUUAGGCAUGCGUUAAGUGUACCAAUGGAAUCAAUUGAUUUAUUAUAUAAAGAAUAUCAAGAAAUGGAAGGUGAAUGUUUUGUUGAAACACCUGAAGGAUCAGAGAAUAUUAAAAAAAUUUAUCAAUUAACUUCAACAGUAACUCAACAAAUUGAAAAUUUGACAAAUUCUAUAAAUAGAAGUACAGUUUCUGUUCCUUUGAAGGGUGGUGAAUUAGAGGAAGAACAACUAGAACUAUGGAAACAAUAUAUAAAGUUUGAAAAAAAGAAUCCUUUAGAAAUUUGUGAUAGAUCUACAUUUUUUAAAAGACUUAAUUAUGUUUAUUGUCAAGCUUUGUUGUGUUUUGGAUACUCAAUUGAAAUAUGGAUUGAUUAUUUUGAAUUUUUGACAGAAUUUUUAAAAAUUUUUGAAAAAGAAGGUGAUGAAGUUGAGGCAGGAAAUACUGAAGAUAUGAUAAUAAAGAAAUUUACAAAAGCAACACAAGGUAUGAUGCGUGAUGCUCAAGUGUUACAUUUUGCUUUUGCUACAUUUUUUGAAGAAAGAAAUAAGAUAAAAGAAGCUGAGGAAGUUUAUGAAUAUAUUAUUAGUCAACAAGAUCUUCAACCAUCAUUAGCAUACAUUCAUUAUAUGUCAUUUGCUAGAAGAAAUACCAGUAUCAGACAUCAACGUGAUAUCUUUAGAAGAGCUAGAAAUGAUGAUCGUGUUUUAUAUCAAGUUUACUUUGCAGCAGCUGAAAUAGAAUUUCAUGCUGCAAAUGAUGCUACCAUUGCAAUAAGAAUAUUAGAAUUGGGUAAGCAACGUUUUUCAAAUGAAAUUGAUUUUAUGAUUGAAUACUUGAAAUUUAUUCAAAUGAUUGGUGAUGAUAAUAAUCUUAGAGUAUUAUUUGAACAAAUUGUUAAUUGCGACGAAUUUACAAAUGUUGAAUUGGCACCUGUCUGGGAUAUGUAUAUAAGACAAGAAACAGUCACAGGUGAUCCUUACUCAUUAAGUAAAGUUGAACAUAGGAGACGAAAAGCACUAGAAAAGUUUUGUAGAGGAAAAGAAAUUCAUUUAUUUAUUGAUAGAUUAAAAGUAAAUGGUCUUGUUCCAAUGAGUGUUGAAGAUUUAGAAGACAUUGAUUAUCCUUUAUCUGUUGACUAUGAUAAAAUUGAUGCAAUGGCUGCCAAAGGUAGUCAAUUAGGAUCAAGUGUUUGUUUUGUAAAUGAAUCAUCUCCUGAUAUAGACCAAGAUCAAAUAGAAAAUAAUGAUGACGAUGAUGGUAAUGAUACUGCUUGUGUUGAAGAGGAUGUAAAAAAUGUAGAAAAGAUGCUUAAACAAUUAGGUUUAGAUAACGUUAAAAUGGAAGCAGAUUCUAAAAAUGAAGUAAAACCAGAAAUAGAUGAAAAUAGUCUUGAUGCAUUAAAUGCUUUAAAUGAUAUUAAAUCUAAAGAGGAAGUUGUUGAGGACAUAUUAUAUGAUUUAAUUACAGAAGAGUUACCAGAUUCAUCAGAUGAUGAAGGAGAUACUAAUAUUGAUAAUUUAUUUAAUCAACGUACUCGUAGGUGUUCUUAUUCUUCAACAGAAACAGAAUAUGCAGAAUCAUCUGAUGAAAAUAGUUCAGAAAAUAGUGAUAACGAAAGCGAAAGUAAUGAAAAUGAGGAAGGAAUAGCAUUGAAUGAUGCACGUAGUAUGGUUACACAUCACCCAGAUACUUCUAUGAUGGUUCCCUAUUUACCAGUAGGAGAUUCAUCUUUAUCCUUACAUCCUACUUCUGGUGGUAUAUUUCCGCCUCCAGAAUCUGUAAUGGAAGUUAUUAAAAAAUGUCCUUCUUCAACAAGCUUCAAAUCAGGACCUUUUGUAAAUAUAAAUAAACUUUUUGAGUUAUUAUGCAAAUUUGAAUAA